AUGUGUGUUAUGGGAUGAACUCCCUGUGGGCAGAGACCCAGCAGUCACAUCCUAGUGGAGGAUUUGGCUCGUGCUGUGUUCUGUAUUUUAUCCCCCCGUCCUUCUCCUCUGGGUUGUUGUUACUCAUAUUUACACGGAGAAUUUUUUCGUGGUAAUUCAUCACAAAUGAAAACUGGAGCUGCAUUUAACUCCACUGGUGUCAGCCAAGUUCUGGUAAUGCACCAACCAGGACACACUCCCGGGAUGAGCAGAGUGUGGGACAAUUCUGAGGAGAAAACACCCAACUAUCAGAACCAGGGAGACUGAACACUGGGACCCUGCAGCUGAGGGGGGGGAGGCACCUUCACCUUCCUGGUGCUGGCAAUGAAAGCACUUAAAGCUUUACCAUUUAAAGCAAUUAUGUUUCUAUAUUUAUCUCAGCACACCAAAUUUACCCUCAGAAGCAUCUCUUCUAGGAGCUCACGUGGUACUUCCCCCUCCCUGAAUUUCAGGCUCUAGAGCCCUGUUUGGAAUCCUCUGGCAGAUCAAGCUGAAGGGAAAUCAAAAAGGCAGUAACAGCACAGAGAAUUCUGAGUGGUUUUCUCUCUUUCUUCUUACUCUGAUUUUGGUGUAAAACUUAUUUUUCAUGUGAUGUCUGCCCCCACGCCCCCCCAAUGAUAAAUGAAGUGGAUUAAGAGAUUAGAUCAUCAAGGAGAAAAUUCCACCUCCUAAGCUCCUGUUGGGCCUGUAAUCUGCAAGACUUCCCCAUUUUACCUCUUUUCUAUUUUAACCCUGAACUCUUAAUGCCUGGCAGGAGCCCGACACCCCCCUGAGCCUCAUUGGCUGGGCAGGGAUUUGCUGGGUACUUAAAUGUCACCCUCUUGCCCAAAGAGGGUUUUGUGCUUUUGAGUUUUCCCGGGAGGACGCGUCUUCUGCAUCCACCACGGAAUUGGUACAGCCCUCGCACCAGGCAGCUGGUUCUCCCUGACACUGUGACCCCUGCAGAGUGCUGGGAGCAUCUGAACUUCAAAGGCAAGAAGCAGAACUUUGAGAAUUUUUAUUCUCAGGCUUCACAAAACCUCUUUUUUUUUUUUUUUUGGCUGCAAAGCCACCAGCCCUCGGUGUGGAGAUGGGGAACAUGGACGGGAAAACCGUGGAGGAGCUCAGCACCACCGAGUGCCACCAGUGGUAUAAGAAGUUCAUGACAGAGUGUCCUUCUGGCCAGCUCACCCUCUACGAGUUCAAACAGUUUUUUGGCUUGAAAAACCUGAGUCCUUCAGCGAACAAAUACGUUGAGCAAAUGUUUGAGACGUUUGACUUCAAUAAGGAUGGCUACAUAGAUUUUAUGGAAUAUGUGGCAGCUCUGAGCCUGGUCCUGAAAGGGAAGGUGGACCAGAAGCUUCGGUGGUACUUCAAGCUCUAUGAUGUGGACGGGAACGGCUGCAUUGACCGGGGAGAGCUGCUGAACAUCAUCAAAGCCAUUCGAGCCAUCAACCGCUGCAACGAAACGAUGUCGGCUGAGGAGUUCACAGACAUGGUGUUCGACAAAAUCGACAUAAAUGGAGAUGGUGAGCUGUCCCUGGAAGAGUUCAUGGAGGGCGUGCAGAAGGAUGAAAUGCUGCUGGACAUCCUCACCCGCAGCCUGGACCUGACACACAUCGUCCGGUUGAUCCAGAACGACGGGAAGAACCCGCACGAGCUGGAGGAGGCAGCGGCUGACAAGUAACCCCCUGGGACGCUCUCCCUGCGCCUCCACUUUUCCCCCCUUGCAUUAUUAACUCGUGUCGUGGUUGUGGGAGCUGGUGAACUGUCCCAGUGCCAGUGUGUGGCCAGGCUACCCUGUUAGUGCAGGGACCAGGACCUGCUCUGAAGGUGCCGCUCCCCCGGCAGAUGGUUUGGGGGAGCCGGGGGGCCCUGCCCGGCGCUAGAGGAAAAGCUGCUGCAAGGAGGGGAUGUGGACACAUGGAAAACACUCCCCCCACCCCGGAUUGCCACGAGCCCUGAGCUGUGCAGGGCCCUCUGGAUGUUGCUGUCGAGCAGAGUGGGGGGACAAUGUCACCUCCCCAGGCAGGGGAGCAGCACGAGGCUGUGCAGCCUGAGAACACACAGACAGCACCUCAAAAUUUAGGCUGUGGCCAACACCAGCCUCUGCAGCCUUGGCAGGGGACAAACCCCAGGGCUGCCCUGCACUUGGCCCCAGUGAGAGGGGUCCUAGAAAAGCAAAACUAAACCUUCCCCUCCCGUUUAUAUUUCCAGAGCAAGCAGUCACCAUUUUUGGUCACCUGUUCUUUGAUUUAUUAUUAGCAAUGAUUAGUGAUAAUGUAAGGUAAAAACAUUUACGAGCUAGAAAAAGGGGAGGGGUGAAUGCAGUGGCUUUUCUUUGUUUAAAAGCAUUAAAAACAUCGAAUGGUGCCUUUUUUUAACAACCACCUGGACUUUAAGGGCAUUUUUCUCCUUGAAGUAUCUGGAAGUAAUAAGUACUUCCAGGCAAGUAGAACCAGACAUAAGUACUGCAACAGCAGUAACCUGAGAAGGAGAAGCUUUGCACGUUUGUAGGAAUAUUCCUGCACAUUUUACCACCUGGACAGCAAAAUCCAACUGCCCUGUGAGUUAGACUUGAGCAUCAAGGUGGUUUUAACCCCAAAGCCUGCGUGCAUUUUGGAGGGGUGGGUGAGCUGCUAGAGGCGGGCGAGUGCGGCGCCCGCGCCACGAGCAUCCGCGGUACCUGAGCCUGGGUCCCAUCACCUCUGACAUGGCAUCACACACAGUCCCCCACGGAGUAAAAAACCCCUUCUCAGAGCGCCCCUGGGGCCCAGCAGCCUCGUGCCAUGAGCAGGGGCUGCCCCCAGGACCCCGCACACGCACAAGGGUGGCUGUGGGAGCUGCAGCCUUGCCCAGCCCACCCCCCCUCCCUGAGCCGGGGCUGAGCCUUGGCUGCUCCUGGAGAGGAGCUUCCCCGUCUGAUGGGAGCAAGUUUCAGGCAUGGUGAGGCAAUACAGGACACCAGGAAGGGUUUCUUGCCCAGCUGAAAGUCUUGUUGUUUAGCACUGGGUGUUUGCAACCUCCUGAGCGUUAUUCCUGUGCGUCUCGUUCACUGGGCAGUGCUUUGCCUGGAAGCUUUUGUACUUCCAGUCUUGUAGUGAACUAAUAAAGAUGCUUUACAACAUUA